GUAUAUAAGCAGAACCACUGUCAUUUUCGAAGAAAGCCAAAUUGAAAACAGACUUGUUUUUGUGAUCUAUCGUGUGACACAGUGUGACUUUUCAGAGUUGUUUGUUGUAUAAAUUUUAUAUUGAGUCUUUAAAUAAUAUCAGUGACAAAUUGUUUGUGUAUUAACGGUCAAGAUGCAAAUCUUUGUGAAAACUUUGACUGGAAAAACAAUAACCUUGGAAGUGGAGGCAUCUGAUACAAUUGAAAAUGUAAAGGCCAAAAUCCAAGACAAAGAGGGGAUCCCCCCUGACCAGCAGAGACUUAUCUUUGCAGGCAAGCAACUGGAAGACGGACGCACCUUGUCAGAUUACAACAUUCAGAAGGAGUCCACUCUCCAUUUAGUUCUUCGUCUCCGAGGCGGUAUGCAGAUUUUCGUAAAGACUUUGACAGGCAAGACCAUCACAUUGGAGGUGGAGCCAUCUGACACAAUCGAAAAUGUAAAGGCCAAAAUACAGGACAAGGAGGGGAUUCCCCCCGACCAGCAGAGACUUAUCUUUGCAGGCAAACAACUGGAAGAUGGACGCACCUUGUCAGAUUACAACAUUCAGAAGGAGUCCACUCUCCACUUAGUUCUUCGUCUCCGAGGCGGUAUGCAAAUUUUCGUGAAGACCUUGACAGGCAAGACCAUCACAUUAGAGGUGGAGCCGUCUGACACAAUCGAAAAUGUAAAAGCCAAAAUUCAGGACAAAGAGGGGAUUCCACCUGACCAGCAGAGACUUAUCUUUGCAGGCAAGCAACUGGAAGAUGGUCGCACCUUGUCAGAUUACAACAUUCAGAAGGAGUCCACUCUCCACUUAGUUCUUCGUCUCCGAGGCGGUAUGCAGAUUUUCGUGAAGACCUUGACAGGCAAGACCAUUACAUUGGAGGUGGAGCCGUCUGACACAAUCGAAAAUGUGAAAGCCAAAAUCCAGGACAAAGAGGGGAUUCCCCCUGACCAGCAGAGACUUAUCUUUGCAGGUAAACAACUGGAAGACGGACGCACCUUGUCAGAUUACAACAUUCAGAAGGAGUCUACUCUUCAUUUAGUUCUUCGUCUCCGAGGCGGUAUGCAAAUUUUCGUGAAGACCUUGACAGGCAAGACCAUCACAUUAGAGGUGGAGCCGUCUGACACAAUCGAAAAUGUAAAAGCCAAAAUCCAGGACAAAGAGGGGAUUCCACCUGACCAGCAGAGACUUAUCUUUGCAGGCAAGCAACUGGAAGAUGGUCGCACCUUGUCAGAUUACAACAUUCAGAAGGAGUCCACUCUCCACUUAGUUCUUCGUCUCCGAGGCGGUAUGCAAAUUUUCGUGAAGACCUUGACAGGCAAGACCAUCACAUUAGAGGUGGAGCCGUCUGACACAAUCGAAAAUGUAAAGGCAAAAAUCCAGGACAAAGAGGGCAUUCCCCCUGACCAGCAGAGACUUAUCUUUGCAGGCAAGCAACUGGAAGACGGACGCACCUUGUCAGAUUAUAACAUUCAGAAAGAAUCUACUUUGCAUCUUGUACUUAGACUAAGAGGGGGCCUGUAAAGUAAGGGGCUACAUUAUUCUCUCUCCAUUCCUGCUAAUGUUAAAAACUAAGGGCAAAUAAAAAACCUCCUAUUGAGUUAAGCGUUUUUAUUUUUCUUUCCUAUCAGUUAUCGUGAUAUUCUUUAUAAGCAGUUCACCAGAUUCACACUCUUUGUUAUAUUGAAUAUAUUUAAAUAAUGUAUUUAAUUUAUUCAUGUCAUGAAUAAACUACCAGCUAUUUAAUUAUAGAGAUCACUUUAAUAUCUGACCUUCAUUAUUUUUUAGUGAUGCAAUGAUGUCGAUUCUGGCAUGAUUCUCUAAAGCUAAACUUAAAUUUGACAAUAGUGUAUCUUUGUCAUUCUUUAUACAGAAUGAAAAGGACAGACUAAUGUUAAAUUAGGUUUUAAGUUUAGAGAAUCCUGCUAGAAUCGAUACCAAUAUGUUGUUAACCUAAGUUACUUAUAACAGUAAUAUGAAUUUUCUGUUGGUAGUUGAAAGUCUGGUUAGUUGAGAAUCUGGUUAAUUGCUGAUAAAGGCACAGUAUAGAUAGCAGCAAACUUCUUGGGCAAAACAACGGGCCACAGUCUUAGAUUAAAACAAAAAGGGUAGAUACAGCACUAGUCUCACAAAAGUGAUCCGCAUAAAUUGUGGCCCAAGGCCACAAUCGCUUUAGUCACAACUUGACAUGCAAAUGACGUACAUGUGAACGUCAAAAAGAAAUAUUGCUAAAAUUUUGUGAUUAUAUGAUAAAACAAUGCCUAAGUGUUGUUUUAAAAAGUGCUCAAAUUGCUCAAGAACUAAAAAUAAAACCGACGGCAUCACUUUUCAUUCGUAAGUACUAUAAAAUAUAUUUUUUCAUAAAAAAUGCUGUUUGUUUUGAAUCUUAUUCGGUAUUUGUUAUUAAGAAAAAGACAACAACACUUGUAAACGUUUGUAUGAGGGAGAAAAAGCAUAAGCGCGAAUAUUUGCCAUUGUAAUGUCAGUCGAGAGUAAAAAUUGGGUAGAGUUAACAAAAAAAAUAUUUCGUAAUUUUUUUUGGAAUAUUAAUUUAUGUAGGUAAAAAAUAUGCUGCAUUUAUUAAACUCAUUACAUUUUGGUUUCUUCGAAGAGUUUUAUUUAUUUUUUCAGACAUUUUAGCUUUAAUAUACUCUGUACUUACAGAAAUGGCGUUUUCAUUCUUUGUAGGGUUUAAAAUUGUUUUUGUAAUCUUCUUCUUCCAGUGCCUCUUCAAUCCUGAAGGUUGGCCGUUAGCUUCCUGUAUGUAGUUCUAUCAGCAGCCAGCCGGAACAACUGUUCGACGGAGGCAAUACCGGUCCACUCCCGGAUAUUCCGGAGCUUCUUUCGAUUAAGAAUGGUUCUAUGUUUUGGAAACUAAUACCGAAAGGAUAGAGCGCGUGAAAGUUUGGGAGAGAAGGCUUGUAAAGUCACUUCUAAGUAAAAAUUGUACCA